AUGCAGUCUUUCAACGACAUCCGACUCAUCUUGAACACAGCUCAAAUCAUGAGUUUGGUAAAAGGUGGCCCCCUCCAGCUCGUUACUUUUGACGGGGACGUCACAUUGUAUGAUGACGGGGCCUCUUUGAUCCCGUCAAAUCAAGUUAUUUCGCGAAUACUUGCUCUCAUGAGUAGGGGCAUAAGAGUUGGUGUUGUUACUGCUGCGGGGUAUGAGGAGGCAAAACGCUACAAUGAUCGUCUUCACGGGCUUUUGGAAGCCAUAAACUCCUCCGAGGCGAUAACUCCGGAGCAAAAGAGGAAUUUUAUUGUCCUAGGGGGGGAAGCAAAUUUCAUGUUCCAAUUCAAUUCAAGUGCACCACAUCUAUUGGAGAGCAUUCCAAAGGAGAUAUGGGCUUUGGAUGAAAUGAGAGCAUGGAAGGAUGAGGAUAUAACUGAGCUCCUCGACAUAGCCGAAGCUGCUUUGAACGACUCGGUUGAGGCUAUGAGGUUAAAUGCCGAUAUUAUUAGAAAAAGCAGGGCUGUUGGGGUUGUACCUAAGCCUGGGACGAAAUUCUUUCGAGAACAGCUCGAAGAAACUGUUCUUGCAGCUCAGAAGGUCGUAGAGUUAAGCGACGUUGGGAGACGGCUCCCAUUUUGUGCGUUUAAUGGUGGGAACGAUGUUUUCGUUGACAUCGGCGACAAGAGACUCGGUGUGGCUUGCUGCCAGCGUCUGUUUGGAGAUAUCCAAGGCAUAAACACCCUUCAUGUCGGCGAUCAGUUCCUUUCGGUUAGUGGGAACGAUUUCAAGACCCGAAUGGUGUGCACAACAUGCUGGGUCGCUUCCCCGGCAGAAACCGUCGAUAUUCUUGACGAAUUCCUUGAACUAGCCGCAACGGCUUAG